CACUUCUCUUUGAUUUUUUUCUUCUUCUUCGCUUUUUCUUAAUAUCAUUGAAAGCUAGCUUUCAGUGAGUUUCUUAUACUUUCAUAAACGUCAUAUUUGCCAUCCCACCGUGGCCGCAGAAGGCUGAGACGACCGUGCAGUUAUUCCCGGCAAACUAUUACUAUUGAAUAAAGACCACCAUGACAAACCAAAAAAUUUGCUUCAACUUUGCGAGAGACGGUAAAUGCAGAUUUCGAUACUGCAAAUUCUCCCACGAUGUCGCCGGACGAAUCAAUUCCAAUCGGCGGACCGAACAAAAGCCUGAGCCGCCCAGCAGCGAGCGAGAUUUCCGCGCUUGGAGGAAAGGCAUCCCGCUGCAAAUAUCGGAUGCCCGCCCUCUGGGCAGUCAACUGGGGUCCUUCUUCAAAGAGGCAAGAAGACUAAUCGAAGAGGAUGAUGGUAUCCUUCAAGAGGUCAUUCGAUCCCUGUCUGGGGAGAUGGGACUGAAGCGCAUCAAAGAACUUGUCCAGAGGGAUUUUGAUAAAAUGUCGUCUUCGGAAAAGAGUACUGCUUUUAUAAAUCAGAUGCUCCCAUUUUUCGAGACAGUCACCCAUCGCUACGUCCUCGAUUCCUUGAUCCUGGAACAAGCAGUUGGAACCAUCUAUAACGUUCUCUUUGGGAUGUCUGGCAGCCGGGCUGUUGUCUUGCUUGGAUUCCUCGCAGAUGUUUUGCAGUCGGAGAGUGAAAGAAUGACGGAUGUAGAGAUCAGUCAUCUCGAGAUUUCACUCCUAGUCUUCCGGCAGAUCGUUGAGUUGAACUCUGUAGCAUUUGCCAACAAUGCCUUGGAGUCCGUGGCUGUGAAAUUCGAAACCAUUUUCAAGGAUUUGUCAUUGUCGCAAACAACAAGUUCGCUACACGAUGCCCGGAUACAUCUUGAACGGAUUCUGCGUCGACUAGAUAUCGGCAGCACACUCCCAGUUGCUGAUGAUAUACGUCAGAUCGCCCGGGAAAAGAACUCCAUUCCCUCGUUCAUCGCAAAAUGCGACACUCCGGGAGGACGCCACGACAACGACUCUGCGGAUAUAUGCGACAUCAAAAUCAUGCCUACGUUCAAGGAAAUCAUGUCAAUCCGCUCUGAGUACCUCCCAGUAAAAGACCCUGGGCAGUGGCACAUAGGUGGCCUCGCUGGUCUCCUCGACAGAAAUUUUCGACUUCUCAGGGAAGAUACAGUUGGUCAACUGAGAGAUGCGGUCCACAUCUUGUUAAGACCAUCUAAAAACCAGGCAGUGCGAACUAAUCAGCUCAAGACGUAUGCAUACCGCAAUAUCUGUGUAGUGGCUCUUCACUUCGAUCGGUUCGCGGGUCUACAAUUCGUUGUCCAAUUCAGCCAACCGGCAAAUGUCCAGAGCAUGAGUACGCAGCAGAGACAAGAAUGGUGGCAGCAGUCGAAACGCCUCCAGGCAGGUGCGCUCGUGUGCCUUGCUGAAACUGGUGGAGAUGACAGUGGAAAUGCAAUCUUUUGCACUAUUGCUGAGGCGCCAAGGUCGAGGCCGAGCCAGCCUCAACCGAAGAACCUGGCGUCGCUCUGGGAAAAGAGGGAUAAUGCCACAGUGACAUUAGAUAUGGUUGAGCCUAAGGAUGACGACGUACAAUAUAUCCUCAAUCGCUACCGGCCUCGUGGCGCACUGUCUUCGCUGUCCCUAGUGGAGUUCCCUGGCAUACUCUUGGCCGCAUUUGAGCCAACACUUCGAGCUCUCCAGAGGAUGAAGCGAAGCGCGGAUUUGCCAUUCUCGAAGCUCCUUGCUCCCAUGGAUGCUGGGGAAAAAAUAGAGAAUGCCGAAGUGCUGCAACCACCAGCGUAUGCCACCCGGCCAGGGUUUAGAUUUGACUUGAGCAGUUUGAUGAAGGAUGGUACGCGGCUGGAAAUUAGCCCGGAUCAGCCUGUUGACAUCAAGAAGCUACAGGAUCAUUCGACUCUGGACAAUGCACAGGCUGUGGCAUUGGUGAACGCUCUUCAGCGUAGCAUCGGACUUAUACAGGGCCCACCAGGUACAGGUAAAAGCUACACUGGUGUCGCUCUCAUUGAAGUGCUUCUGGCAAACAGAGCCAAAGCAGGAGCUCACAUUGGGCCAAUUAUUUGCGUCUGUUACACGAAUCAUGCGCUAGACCAGUUACUUGAGGAUCUGCUGACGAAGAAUAUUACUACACAAAUUAUCCGCAUCGGGGCACAGUCAAAGUCGGAGCUCGUGGACCCAUAUAACCUGCGUAAAUUAGUUGCUAAGGCGACCAAAACGAAGGCCGAAAAACAAGUGCAGUGGCAGUUUCACAAAAAGCUUGAUGAAUUGGAGGACGGUUUCAAAAAUCUGCGACUGGACUCAGAAGGCUCAUAUGGAAAUUUGAAGUUCUUUCUCCGAAGAUCCAGUCCCCGACAUUAUUCGCAACUUUUCGCGAAGGAUAAGGAGGGUUUUGCAGAAGUGGAAGCCAAAAGAGGAAGUAAAUUCAAGCAAUGGAUCAAUGCAGGAGGCAGGUCAUUUAAAAAAGUACCGCGGUCUAUAGCCGUUCUCCAGGAUGUUCACCUCGACGAAACGUCGGCAGAGGAGCGGAAAAUACUCUACAACGAUUGGCUUACAAAGAAUAGAGUGGAGCUGCAUGCAAACGCAAAGGAUUUGCUUCAGGAACAGCGAAAAUCGAAGGAAUGGCUCAACAACAUCAAUAAUGAAGUCGACUUCCGAUGUCUCCGUGAAGCACAUGUAGUCGGGGUAACGACCACGGGUCUUGCUCGUAACCUCAGGAUGCUUCAGCGGUUGAAACCAAAAGUUGUGCUGUGUGAAGAAGCUGGUGAAGUUCUCGAGGCCCAUCUUCUGACGGCUCUGUUGCCCUCGGUUGAGCAUGCUAUCUUAAUUGGUGACCAUAUGCAGCUUCGUCCUCAGGUUCAGGAUUUUAAUCUUUCUCGAGAGGAUCACAAAGGAGGUGAGAAGUACUCGUUAGAUACUUCGCUUUUUGAAAGACUGGUGGAUCCUGAUGAUAGCUCUGGGGUUCGGAUUCCUUUCAGCACACUCCAGACCCAGCGCCGAAUGCACCCGUCAAUCGCCCAGCUGGUCAGAGACACAUUGUAUCCCUGCCUGGAAGAUUCGCCGUUCGUUUCGGAAUAUCCAGAAGUGUUUGGGAUGCGGAGGAGGCUAUUUUGGCUGGAUCAUCAACGUCCAGAAGGGAACACUUCGAGCAAGGACGCCGGGGGAACAUCAUACUGGAAUGAACAUGAGAUUGAGAUGACAACAGCGCUGGUCAAUCACUUAAUUCGUCAAGGCUCCUACCAAAGUGGUGAUAUUGCUGUGCUGACUCCAUAUCUCGGCCAACUUCACCGGCUCCGGCGCAAGCUCAGUGGGUCUGUUGCUAUUGUUCUUGGUGAGAGAGAUCAGGAGGAACUAGAUAAGGCGGGAUUGAACGCAGAUGAUGCAGGACAGCAUGCCCCCAUCGCGAAGGCCAGUGUCCUACAGACACUUCGAGUUGCCACGAUUGACAAUUUCCAGGGCGAGGAAGCCAAAGUGGUGGUAAUAUCGCUGGUGAGGAGCAACGAGCAGAAAAAUUGUGGCUUCCUCCGGACCUCGAACAGAAUCAAUGUAUUACUCUCACGCGCCAAAUAUGGAAUGUAUAUCAUUGGCAAUUCAUCGACUUCGAGCCACGUGCCCAUGUGGGCGGACGUUAUAAAUAUUUUACAACGGAAUGGAAACUUUGGAAACAGUCUUGAUCUGCAAUGCCCACGUCACCCGGACACUCCUAUCUCGGUGUCAGACCCGGACCACUUUGUGCAGUUCUCUCCAGAGGGAGGCUGCAAUCAGCGCUGCGUGAACCGACUGAAAUGCGGCCAUGCUUGUAAACAAAAGUGCCAUUCAGCCAUACUUCACGACGCAGUGUACUGCCAAGAAAAGUGCUUGAGACAGCUGAAGGGAUGCGAUCAUCCAUGUCCUAAGUUCUGUGGAGAUUCCUGUCCAAAGGCAUGUCAGGUGAAAGUUUAUCAGGCAGAUCGAAGAUUGGGAUGUGGACACCUCGCUCAGGAUCUUCCCUGCUGGCAGGCACAGGAACCUUCUCUUGUUUUGUGCUCGCAACCUGUUCAAAAGCAGGUUACAGCAUGCAACCACGCACUUACACUUGCGUGCCAUAUCAACGUCUGCAGUCCAAAGUUCAGAUGCUCCGCCCUAUGCCAAUCUACCCUGCCUUGUGGUCAUACAUGCAAGCGCUCUUGUUCGAAUUGCACUGUUCGCAAGGCUGACAAUACCGUCAAUGUUGACCAUGGUAUAUGCCUUCAGAAAUGCGGUCGACAGUAUUCUACAUGUGCCCAUGUCUGCCGCACACUCUGCCAUGGGUCAGACCCAUGUCCUCCAUGUCAGGCUGAUUGUGACGUACAAUGUGCUCACUCGAAAUGCUCCAAAAAAUGUUGCGAGCCCUGCGCACCUUGUGCUGAAUCGAAAUGCCUCUCCUCCUGUCCACACAGUGAGUGUUCAUUGCCUUGCGCUGCUCCCUGCGACAACAUCCCUUGCUCUCGUCGUUGUGAGAAACUGCUUUCCUGUGGCCAUCAGUGUCCCUCGGUUUGCGGAGAGACAUGUCCGCUGCCGGUAUUUUGUCAAAUCUGUGCAAACCAGGGUAUCAAGGACCGCGAAGUCGAUUUUAUUUUGUCGCAGUCCUACCACGAGAUCAACCUAGAUGAAAAUCCAUGCAUCUUUCCUCGCUGCGGUCACUUUUUGACAGUUGAAAGCAUGGAUGGCCAGAUGGAUAUGAAGAAAUACUACCUGAUGGAUGAUGCAGAUGAGAAGCCAAUCGCUAUUGCAUCGUCAUCGGAGCCUUUUUCGGUCGACGACAUCAAGAGAUGCGCCACGUGUCGAGGCUCCCUGAGGGAUAUUUCCAGGUACGGCCGCUUAGUGCGUCGUGCCAUUCUAGACGAGUCAACGAAGAAGUUCAUUUUGUACGUUAAUAGAGAAUAUGUGCCCCUAGCUCAAGACCUGCAACGGCAUUUGGGAUCGCUCCAAGCAAUCGAGCGCGGGACAGGAAUGCUCCUCUCAUCAAUACUACUAGUGCUCCAGGAGGAGAAUAAUAACACUGUCCGCAUCGACGGUUCUCUUCAUGACCAAUUCAAGCUCAUGGACGGGCUUGUUCGAAAGUACUGCCCGAAACGCUGGGAUGCACUCUCCAAACUACGUGGUCGCAUUGUGAGAUACUACAGGGCAGUCGAGGUCGAAGAGCAACCUUUCAAUCGUGUCCGAGAUCUUGUAGAAGCGGUGCGCAGAACCAAGCAGGUAACCGGGAAAUUCGAAUUUGACGAGACUAUCCUGCAGACCAAAGGUCUCCUUCUCGCCGCUGCGCUCUUGAUUCGUCUGGACAUUGCCUUACUGGGCGACUUUCUGUCCCUCUGUAACAAGCAAUGGAACACUAUCGGGUCAAUGACAGGGUGCGAGCUUUCCGUCAAUUUGCAGGCAAACAUGACCGCCUGCAAAGCGCUUAUCGACAUGGCAGCCAAAUCAAACCGUGUUCCCCAGCAGGUCGAAGGCUCCAUCUUUCUAGCUCAGCUCUGCGCCUUGCAGCGACCAUAUCUCAGCGACCUGAAAGACAGCGAGCAAUAUCUCGAGCAAGGACGAAAUGCUCUGGCUACCGCGAGAGACUUGUGUCGCAGGUAUCCAGGGCAGACAUCCGGGCUAUCUGGCGAGAUUGAUAAUGCAGAAAAGAUGCUGAGCGGAUCCACCUUCUACACUGCUGUCACGAAUGAAGAACGCGCGGCUGUGAUUGCCGCCAUGGCUCGCGAGUUUCGGGGCACCGGUCAUUGGUAUUAUUGCCAGAAUGGUCAUCCCUUUACAAUAGGUGAAUGCGGAGGCGCCGUGCAGCUGUCAACAUGUCCGGAGUGUGGCGCGCCUGUUGGGGGCGAGGAUCAUCGUACGGCGGAUGGAGUGACGCGUGCGGGGGAUUUGGAGGACCAAUUGACUAGAUUGGCUAUUUAA